GUCUACAGCAGCAGCAGGGAGCGCGAGCCGGACUCGGAGCAGUCCUGAGCGCUAUUUAAAGUCACUGCCUCUCGCUUCGCCAGGGGGGCUCCUCGAGCGGCAGCGGUAGCAGUAGCAGCGAUCCAUUAAAAACCCCUCUGCAUGGCAGAGGCUGCAUCUGUGGCUUUCUGCAAGGGGAGCAGGCUCCGCUCUUAGGUGCGUUUGAAGCGGUUCUGUUUCCCAGAGCAUCCAGUCGGGGAUUUUCUCAGUUAUUCCCCCCCCCCUUCACAUUUGGCUGGCUUUAAUUCCAGGGACCGUACUAUUAUCAUUAGUGGUGGAGGGAAGAUUGCUAGCAAAUAGUCUGCCUGACCAAAGUGGCUGCAGUAGCUGACUGGCUUCUUGUGUCCAAUGAAUGAAAGCCUUAAACAUUAAAAAAAAGUAAAAGAGGAAGGAUCUCUUCAAGUUGAAAUACUCUUUUUGGUACCAAUUUGCAGCUGAGCUUUCCAGGCUUGGAUAAGAAAUGGAUAAGGAUGAGAUUGAUCUUCACAGGAUCUCCCCCGAGGCACCUUGGGGGCCACACACUGACAGCACAUUUCACAGGGUAGAAUUUCUGCCAGAAGAUCUUGGUGAGGCUCUGAAUAAGACUGCAAUGAGGGUGAAUGAGAAAUACGCCUCUCUACCAACUGAGGAGAAGGGGAUACACAUUAUCAACAUCCGAGCUAUUGAGGAUAUUGGAUACAUUCAGCAUGAAAGUACAUUAUUAAAUUCGCUGUGUCAGGAUCCAGAUGCCAACUGCAAAUAUGGACUCUAUUUUAGAGAUGGCAAGAGGAAAGUGGACUACAUCCUGGUUUACCAUUACAAGAAGUCCUCUGUAAGUAGGACACUUGCUAGGCGAAUUCAUCACAAUGACUCAAGUGCCCGAAGCAUCAAACAGGAUCAACCACUUCCUGGGAAGGGUGGACAUCUUGAGAUGGGAGAAAGUGAACCACACAUGGAUUAUCAUGAAGAUGAUAAGAGAUUCCGCAGAGAGGAGUAUGAAGGCAAUCUCAUGGAGGCUGGUCUGGAGUUGGAAAGAGAUGAAGAUACUAAAAUACAUGGAGUUGGAUUUGUAAAAAUACAUGCCCCUUGGAAUGUUUUGUGCCGGGAGGCAGAAUUUCUGAAACUCAAGAUGCCCACAAAAAAGGUGUAUCAGAUAAAUCAAGGCCAUGGUCUUUUGAAAAAAAUUAAUUCUGUAAUUCAAAAAAUAACAGAACCUAUCCAACCAAAAGUAGCAGAACACAAACCACAGACAAUGAAACGCCUCUCCUACCCUUUCUCCCGGGAAAAACAACACCUAUUUGAUUUGUCUGACAAAGAAUCCUUUUUUGACAGCAAAACUAGAAGCACGAUAGUUUAUGAAAUAUUGAAAAGAACAACAUGUACCAAAGCCAAAUACAGCAUGGGGAAAGGAGAGGGAAGACAGACGGACACUACCCUUUUAAAUAAAAGAUGGAAAUGUGGUAAAUAUGGAAUCACCAGUCUGCUUGCCAAUGGAGUUUACAGUGCUGCAUAUCCUUUGCAUGAUGGUGACUACGAAGGUGAAAAUGUUGAGCUGAAUGACAGAAAACUUCUGUGUGAAGAAUGGGCAAGCUAUGGAGUCUUUUAUAAAUACCAGCCAAUUGACCUGGUGAGAAAAUACUUUGGAGAGAAGAUUGGGCUGUAUUUUGCCUGGCUGGGAGUUUAUACUCAAAUGCUCAUUCCAGCUUCCAUUGUUGGAGUGAUUGUGUUUCUGUAUGGCUGUGCAACCGUGAAUGAUAACAUACCAAGUAAGGAGAUGUGUGACGAGAGAAACAAUAUCACCAUGUGUCCUUUAUGUGACAAAACGUGCAGUUACUGGAACAUGAGCUCUGCCUGUGCCACUGCUCGAGCAAGUCACCUGUUUGAUAACCCAGCAACUGUCUUCUUCUCUGUCUUCAUGGCACUGUGGGCUGCCACUUUUAUGGAACACUGGAAGAGAAAACAGAUGCGUCUCAACUACAGAUGGGAUCUGACUGGGUUUGAAGAAGAGGAGGAGGCAGUCAAGGCUCAUCCAAGAGCAGAAUAUGAAGCUAAAGUAUUAGAAAAAUCACUGAGGAAAGAAUAUAUACGUAAAAAGAAGCGUCGACAUUUGCCAGAAGAGACAGCAAACAAAUGGAGACAGAGAGUUAAGACAGUCAUGGCUGGGGUGAAAUUGACUGAUAAAGAGAAACUGACAUGGAAAGAUCGUUUUCCAGCAUAUCUUACCAAUUUUGUUGGCAUUAUCUUCAUGAUUGGACUGACAUUUGCUAUCGUGUUUGGAGUCAUUAUAUACAGAAUCUCCACUGCAGCAGCCUUAGCCAUCAGCUCAACUAACUCUGGCCGAUCUAGUGUUAGAGUAACGGUCACUGCAACUGCAGUUAUUAUUAAUCUAGUGGUGAUCAUCAUCCUGGAUGAAGUAUAUGGCUGCAUAGCUAGGUGGCUAACUCAGAUUGAGGUUCCAAAGACAGACAAGAAUUUCGAAGAGCGCCUUAUCUUCAAGGCCUUCCUCCUGAAAUUUGUCAAUGCUUACACUCCCAUUUUCUAUGUUGCUUUCUUCAAAGGCCGAUUUGUUGGACGUCCAGGAGAUUAUGUUUACAUUUUUCAUUCUUUCCGAAUGGAAGAGUGUGCCCCCGGCGGCUGUCUAAUGGAACUCUGUAUCCAGCUUAGUAUUAUCAUGUUGGGCAAACAGUUGAUACAAAAUAAUCUCUUUGAGAUUGGUAUCCCAAAAAUGAAGAAAUUAAUAAGAUACAUCAAAUUAAAGCGGCAACGCCCUUUAGAUCAUGAGGAGCAUAUGAAAAAAAAACAACGCUACGAAGUUGACUAUAACUUGGAACCUUUUGCGGGGCUUACUCCAGAAUACAUGGAAAUGAUUAUCCAGUUUGGGUUUGUAACCUUAUUUGUUGCGUCCUUCCCGCUGGCUCCUUUGUUUGCAUUGUUGAACAACAUCAUUGAAAUACGCCUCGAUGCAAAGAAAUUUGUCACUGAGCUUCGAAGACCAGUUGCAGUCAGAGCGAAAGAUAUAGGAAUCUGGUACAAUAUCCUCAGAGCUGUAGGAAAACUUGCUGUAAUAAUAAAUGCAUUUGUGAUCUCAUUCACAUCCGACUUCAUUCCACGCCUCGUGUACCUGUAUAUGUACAGUGAAAAUGGCACCAUGCAUGGCUUCGUGAACCAUACGCUAUCCUAUUUUAAUGUCACCGAUUUUCAAGAAGGAACAGCUCCAAAUGACCAAAUGGGACCUGACCACAAGGUUCAUAUAUGCAGAUACAAAGAUUACAGAGAACCCCCAUGGUCUGAAAACAAAUAUGAUAUUUCAAAGGACUUCUGGGCUGUCCUAGCAGCAAGAUUAGCAUUUGUGAUAGUUUUUCAGAACCUAGUCAUGUUUAUGAGUGAUUUUGUGGACUGGAUUAUCCCAGACAUUCCCAAGGACAUUAGUCAGCAGAUUCACAAAGAGAAAGUUCUCAUGGUAGAGGUCUUCAUGAAAGAAGAACAAGGAAAGCUGCAGAUGCUAGAAACCUGGAAAGAAAAGAGCAUGAAAAAAGGUGAAAACUGUAACAACCACAGCCCCAAGCUCUCAAGGACUGGGAGCAUGUCUUCCCACCAUUCAUAUAACAUUGACGUAUAGAAGAGGAGAGUAGUUUUGUUUUGUUGAGGCAUUCCAUUGAUAAACAAGCCAUUACUUAAAGGGCAAGACUUGAUUUAUGGACAACCGGGUGAAUGUUUAAGUAUGUCCAACUGUUUUGCUUCCAGCUCCAUGAGAAGUUCUCUUCUUACAAACAUGGAAGGACACAUUCUGUUUCUGAUAUUUUUUUUUAAGUAAAGCAGGGACUUUUUAUAUUUCAUAGUUAGAUAACACUGUGGAUGUUAAUGUGUGUUAACAAAACACAGGUACUUAGAAAUAUCUGAGAAUCUGACUGUAGCUUAUUAAUUAAGAAACAACCAAAAGUACAUUUUAAAUAAUAAUAAUAAUUUAAAAUAUUUUGGCAGUCCGUUCCUGAAAGGCUUUGAGCAGCUUUACAAAAUAUAUGCAAAGCCAGAUUUACAAUAUGCUCUAGCAUUUCCUUUCACAGGAGAAGAGAAACAAUAUCCACCUUCUAAGGUAUUUUCAGUUUCAAAAGAUGCAACUCAGCUCCCCUGGUGGAUGUAAUUUGGAUUUGACCCUGCAGAUUCUAGGCAAAUAAAACUCCCAUUAGAGUCACUAGGCUAUAUUCACUGAAGCUUGAGCAGGGUAAAUCCCAUUGGGAAAUUUGCCCCAUAGACAAGGAUGGGGGAAUCACUUUUUUUUUUCAGCUGAGACUCCAUAGGGACCCUGCUGGCAGAGUCUGCUGUGCACUAGAGUCUUCCAUUGGGACACUUCCCCACUCAGGAUAAUGAGAAGAUGAAAUCAGUGUAGAACAUGUUAACCUUUAUCCCAACUCUGUACACACGGACAGCUGUUUGCUUACCCCAAAAGCAUUUCAGGAGAAUGAUUCACGUGGGUUCAGGUGCUCCAGUGCCCUAGAUUGUAUCAUGGACUUGUCACAGUCAACUAGGAAUUCGUGGAAUCAUACAAUCCCUCAGCCUUUCCUCAUAAGUCAUGUGCUCCAGUCCCCUAAUCAUUGCUGAACUCUUCCCAAUGCAUCUACAGUCUUUCUGUAAUGUAGGGAAGGGGCACAACUGAAUGCAGUACUUCA